ACCAUAAGGAACAGAGAAUAGAUCUGCACAGUCACAGCCUCUUAUUUUCCCCUUAAAAAAAAAAAAAAAUCACUUUCACUUAAAAAAAAAGAGAAAAUAAAGUCCGAAGUUUAAUUUUAAUUUUUAUUAUUAUUAAUUUUUUUAAAGGAGCGAUCUCUAAAUCCCUCUCUCUAAAACUCAAAAAAUUCAAAAUCCCUUCACUAUGGCCUUUCACGUAGCUUGCCCAAUUACAUGUCGCCGAAUCUGCUUCUGCCCGCUAGGGUUUCCGCAGGAUCUCCACAGCGCCAAAUCCAAGGCCGACUUCCUGCUUGACGUUUUGAGAAUCGAGGAGUUUUUCAAGGAUCCUUUGGGAAUUAGGGAUUCUAAGAAGUCCACUGUUCAGGUUCUUGUUCCUAAGGUCGCGCCGGUCCCCGCUGCUCCUGCGCCGACGUUUGGUGUUGUUGCGGCUGGAGAUGGAGGGGGAGGAGGAGGAGGUGGUGCUGGUGGCGGUAGUGAAUUGGGAGAGGAGGCGUCGGCUCAGACUAAGCGGGUCGCGCUUCAGAGAAAGGCGGCAGCUGCUAUGGUUGCUGCUGAGGAUUAUGCUCGCCGGUUUGAGUCCGGUGAUAUGGCGGUUGCCUCAAAAGAUACUACUGGAGAUGAGCAAGGUCUGUCCAACAUGAAUGUGAUGUGCCGAAUGUGCUUUUUGGGUGAAGCUGAAGGAAGUGAGAGGGCAAGGAGGAUGCUUUCCUGCAAAAGUUGUGGCAAGAAGUACCAUAGAAGCUGUUUGAAAGCAUGGGCUCAACAUAGAGAUUUAUUUCACUGGAGUUCGUGGACCUGUCCGUCUUGCCGAAUCUGUGAGAUAUGCCGAAGAACUGGGGAUCCAAAUAAGUUUAUGUUUUGCAAAAGGUGUGAUGCUGCAUACCAUUGUUACUGCCAACAUCCUCCACACAAGAAUGUGAGUUCUGGACCAUAUUUAUGCCCAAAACAUACAAGGUGUCACAGUUGUGGAUCUACUGUUCCGGGAAAUGGCUUAAGUGUGAGGUGGUUUCUGGGAUACACUUGCUGUGAUGCUUGUGGAAGAUUGUUUGUGAAGGGAAAUUACUGCCCUGUGUGUUUGAAGGUUUAUAGAGAUUCAGAGUCAACACCAAUGGUUUGCUGUGAUAUUUGCCAGCGGUGGGUGCACUGUAGUUGCGAUGGCAUCAGUGAUGAAAAAUAUCUACAAUUUCAAGUGGAUGGAAAUCUCCAAUACAAAUGUGCCACAUGUCGCGGCGAGUGCUAUCAGGUAAAGGAUCUUGAAGAUGCUGUUCAAGAGCUUUGGAGGAGAAGUGAUAAAGCUGAUCAAGGUUUAAUUGCAAGCUUGAGGGCUGCUGCAGGGUUGCCAACUCAAGAAGAUAUAUUUUCUAUUUCACCUUAUUCAGAUGAUGAGGAAAAUGGUCCAGUGAUGCUAAAGAAUGAAUUUGGACGUCCUCUAAAGCUCUCUCUCAAAGGGUUAGUUGAUAAGUCACCAAAAAAGAGCAAGGAACAUGGAAAGAAAUCUGCAAGUAAAAAAAAUGCCAAGAAAAAAGGUUCUCAGAUGUCUUUAAUUAGUAAGACAGAACCACGACAUGACUUUCAAUCUUUUCGACACAGUUUGGAUGAAAACAACAAUGAUGACAGUGAUUCUUAUAAAAAAGGAGAUGUAUAUUCUUCUCCUGUGGCAGGAAUUGUGAACCAUACUGAAGGAAUUUGUUCUGUUAAUCAGCCAGGGGUUUGGAAACACAAGUUUGUAGAUGAGGUGAUGGUAAGUGAUGGAGAGAAGACAUCUAGAAUUGUUAAGAUUAAGAGCAAUAAGUCUUAUGAUUUGAAUAGUGUGGAUGAUACCCAAACACAGGCUAACAAGUUGAAAGCUGUGAAGGCAAAAAAGUUGGUUAUAAAUCUAGGUGCGCGAAAAAUAAAUGUAACUAAUUCACCAAGAUCUGAUGUUUCAAGCUGCCAAAGAGAUCAAGAUUUGACAACUUCCAAUGGCAGUGAAGAUACGGGCCAACAUGGAAUGAGUGAUAGGCUUGAAGGCGAUGGUGAUACAGUUGAUCACUCUGGCCAAGUAAGAAGUUUGAAGUUUUCACGCAGAGAGGGAAAUUUUAUUAAGUUUGGAAAAGUGAAAUCGGAAACAUCCAACUUAAAUCCCAAAUUUGACAGAGGGAGUGGUGCUGAUGGCUAUGAAACCAUUCCUUUAGAUCAUACAAGUGUUUUAUCGGGUAAAAGAAGCAUUGAUUCAAGUGGGACUGCAAUUGGGCCUGUGGGUGAAGUCCCUGCUUUAAGAAGUGAAAAGGCAUCUUUAGGGAAGCAACCAGAAAUCAGGCCUGAGGCAUAUACUGAAAGCAAUGAUGAUUCCGGUGAUACACCUAUUUUGCAAUCACUGCCAAAAGAUUCCAAAAUUUCAUUGAAGUUAAAGAUUAAAAAACCUAAUCUUCUUAACCAGUAUUCUCAAAAGCCUCCACCUGAGGAAGAAAGGAGUUCCAUACGGGGCCAAAGGUCAAAAAGAAAGAGACCAUCAAGCUUGUUGGAGAGGACACCUUUUAAUGAAUAUGAAGAUGUCAUGCAAUCACAUCAAGACAGUGAGAUGAUGGAAGCUAGUUGGAUAUUGAAAAAGUUGGGUAAAGAUGCAAUUGGAAAGAGAGUUGAAGUUCAUCAGCCAUCUGACAAUUCAUGGCAUAAGGGAGCAGUCUCCGACAUGGUUGAAGGCACUUCAACGUUGUCUGUUACUCUGGAUGACGGUAGAGUAAAAUCCUUGGAACUUGGGAAGCAAGCAGUUCGCUUUGUUCCUCAAAAGCAAAAGAGGUCAAAAACAUGAUUCUCUAGAAUUUGUUUGCAGUUGUUGAUAUCGCAUUUGGAGACUUCUUCCAUAUUAGAGGUGAAGCAGCAGUCUCCAUUCCUUUAAGACCAAACAGAUUCAAGUUGCAUUUUCUGGUUUCCUGUAUUGCUGCCGAUUCUUCAUCAAAGCAUUGUUGGUUGGGGCAAUUCACUCAGUCGCAUGAAGAAAUAAUCCUGGACAACCAGGGAUUAUUUCAAAGGAGCCCUCUAUUUUUACUUCUUUUUUCAUUCUCAUGUAUUUGAAUGCUUAAUUGAUUUAGAAAUGUAGCUUUUUCUUCCCAAUGUUUUGGAUGUUGUAUGUAGGCAUCUAGGUAAACAUGGUUGCGUUAGUGUUGUUUAUCAGUGCAUAGUAAGUGGCAUUUGCCUUGUUAAUUGUAGCUGGAAACUUAGAAUUAAGCAAGCUCCGGAGGCUAGGCCUCUGUUUUGCUCA